AUGUCUGACGUCGCAGUCAAUGAGGAGACCUUUGCCUCUGGACGCUACUCCAAGCGCAAGAGGACUCAGGUCACAUACCACAUGGACGAGCUGGACGUCUCGGAUACCGAGUCUGACUUGGAGAGUGUUCCGGCAAAGAAACGCAAAGCCGUCGCACCGAAGAAACUUCCAAAGAGCAAGAUCUUCCCAUUCCUGCAGCUGCCAGCAGAGAUCCGGAACAUGAUCUACGGCUACACUCUCGAAGAUCCGUCAGGUAUCAACCUCGUCGCUUCUUUCAGGCAUCGGCGCCGCACCGUAGAACGCAUAUCUCCGGGGCUCAUGUCUCAGAUUGCUGGGGGCUACUACUCCAGAUCCAGAUCGCAGUACUACAUAGACCGGAACGACACGGCAGAUCCAGUGGAACUCGUACCUUCAUUGCUUGCUGUGAGCAAGCAGGUUUACCAUGAGGGACGCGACGUGCUCUACAACAACGAGUUCAGAUUCGCCGACACGACAGUCCUCUACCACUUCAUGUUGAACAUCAGUCCAGCUGGUGCCAAGCAGCUCAAGCACUUGCGCAUCAUGUCCUUCAACUAUAGCCGUGGGAUGACGGCGUACAACAACGCCUGCUUUGCAGUCCUCGGCCAAGCCACAAACCUCAAAACACUUCACAUCGAUCAAGUCUCCGGUCGCUCUGGUCAUUCACGAGGAGCUGCGGCCAAAUUCUAUCGCGAUGCAUUUCCCUGGCUCGAGGCCGUUGGAGCAGCGAAAGGAAAGUUCGAUGCUGGAGUAGAAUUGUUGCAGAUCGAUCCCGAUGUAUUCGAUCACGUUUACUGGAGGUGUCGAGGUGCCCAGCGCAACAUUUCUCCUGAAGACAAGCACGCGGAAUUCAUGACGGCUCUGCGAAAAUUGUUGCAGGCACAGCAGAAGAGGGUUAUGGGGGUUCUUGGAAAGAGAGGCAAGAAGGCUUAA